UGCGAGCGAGAUCUCCCUGUCUUAUCCUGAAGAACCAAUCAACUCCGCCCUCGUCUGAUAAAUCCGUAUAUCAAACCAUGUCCCUCCUGCAACUCGGAUCGUCAGUCCGUUCAGAUUCGUCGUGUUCCGCUGUCUGACUCACGCCCUCCGGUACCCCGAUCCAACUCAGUAACCCGGUCAAGGAUGGAGCCGAUGGACAUCGUCGGAAAGUCAAAAGAAGACGCCUCGCUUCCGAAAGCAACCAUGACCAAGAUCAUUAAGGAGAUGUUGCCUCCAGAUGUACGCGUUGCAAGAGAUGCUCAAGAUCUUCUCAUUGAGUGUUGUGUAGAGUUUAUAAAUCUCAUCUCAUCGGAGUCCAAUGAAGUUUGUAGCAGAGAGGAGAAAAGAACAAUAGCACCUGAGCAUGUGCUCAAGGCUUUACAGGUUCUUGGGUUCAGCGAGUACAUUGAGGAAGUUUAUGCAGCAUAUGAACAACACAAGAUUGAGACUGUGCAUGAUGUAGCAAAAAGUGUCAAAUGGGGCAAUGGAGCAGAGAUGACGGAGGAAGAAGCCUUGGCCGAGCAGCAGAGGAUGUUUGCCGAGGCACGUGCCAGAAUGAAUGGAGGCGCCACCGCGCCCAAGCAACCAGACCCAGACCAAAGUUUAGAGAGCUAACUCUUUAGGAUCCUUUAUUUUCCUGCAACCGUAGGCAAGCAUCGCUCAUCGAUUGUGCUUCUAAUAUCUCUACAAUUUAUGUACAAAAUCAUUUGACUAGUUUGCUGGCCUAUGCCAAUAUGCACUCCUAAGUUGUAUUCUCGUUAUGGAUCCAUGUCUAUAAGUGAAUGUAAUUAGUGCGAGUUUGUCCGAAUCCUGGUCUCACAACUUUAUGUAAUUAUCUGGUGUCGUUAUUUUAGUUAUAGCUUGCUAGCAUUUAGCACUGUCA